AUGUCGAAUACCCAAGAGUCCAGCUCAAGGGAUACAACCCGCUCAGCAGUGAAAACUCCUCUUCUUAUUCCAGGUCGAGGUGAUCCUGUCAAAGAUGCUAUCUUGGUCUAUUCUUUAGGAAAGAUCGACUAUGCCGGGCCACUAGCUAAGCUGCCUAAGUCUCUCAAUGUCCCUCGAGAGCGAACCGUGGAAGUGCCUGUCUUGUUGCCCGGUCUUUGGGACUGCCACGUACACUUUAUUGGGCACCUGGAACAGAGUAUGGCUGGCAUGGUGGACCCUCUGCCAUUCUUAGCAGGAACUCGUACGGCACACGACGUAGCAGCCACCUUGAACGCCGGGUUUACCAGUGUCCGCGAAACGGCAGGCUACGGAGUUGAGCUCUCACAGGAAAUUGAAGCUGGUAGGCUCAUCGGACCAAAUAUAUACUCAGUUUGCGCUGCGAUCAGUUGCACCGGUGGACAUGUCGAUCAUCACACCAUGUCAGAGCACCAGUUCCACGAACUCGGCUGUCACGGCCUUCCACUUGUCGUCGCAGACGGUGUGCCUCAGUGUAUCAAAGUGGUACGGCAACAACUGCGUCGUGGCGCCAAAUGCAUCAAGAUCUGUACCAGCGGGGGCGUCUCCAGCGAUCGUGAUGACCCCGAGCAUCAGCAAUUCUCCGAUGAGGAAAUAAAAGCCAUGGUCGAGGAGGCAGCUCGGUCUCAACGCGCGAUGGCGGCGCACGCCCACGGAUUGGCCGGCAUUAUGGCCGCCAUUCGUGGCGGUGUCACCACGAUCGAACAUGGAACUUAUUUGAACGAGGAGGCAAUCACACUGAUGAAGGAAAAGGGUAUCAUUUUAGUCCCUACCCGCGGGAUUAUAGAGGAUGGCUUACUGACAGCCGAGUCGUGGUCGGCUAGGGCAUUCGAGAAACUGAAGCCGAUAGCGGCGCAACAUGCCGGCGCGUAUCGAGCUGCAGUAGCUGCUGGUGUCAAGAUCGCCAGCGGGUCAGACUACGGUAUCAGCAAGCGGGGCACGCCAUUAAGUCACGGCCACAAUGGUAGAGAAUUGGAGCUGGCGGUGCAGGUGGGCGGUAUGACACCUUUACAGGCAAUUGAAGCAGCCACGGCCACAGCCCCUGAAGUCCUUGGCCCUCAGGCCCCGAAGGCCGGCAUUUUGACGGAUGGUUAUGACGCUGACUUCAUUGCGUUGAAUUCCAGCCCAUUGGACGAUAUCGGUGUCAUUGCCAAUCCAGAUAAUGUUACACAUGUCUGGCUCGGUGGACAGCUAAAGAAGUCCCCAGAAAGGCCGAUUGUAGUCCUGAGCCGAACUAAGCUAUAA